AAAAUGGGCCUAAAGCCCAAUUCAGCCCAAUAGCUUUUAAGGGACACAGCUUCCCUUUCUCAUUUCCAUUUCACGUUACAGAAUUUGGGGAAGGGGAAGAACAAUUCAUACUUCCAAACCCUUGGUCAAAAAUUCAAUCCAUCAUAACUUCUUGCUCCGAGCUCCGAUCGUCGCACCGUUUGCGGCCACGCGAUCAUGGCGUCGAGUUCUACAUUUUUAUCGGAUCAAUUUCACCAGUUCGAUCUAGCUUGCGGGGGUUGUUGGGUUUGCGUUGCUACGCGUAUGGGUGAGGUGUGAAUUAAGUUUAUAUACAUGCUUUGGAAUUGAAAAGUGAACAUUUGGAGGCUGUGAUUGAAGCUUGGUUUGUGGCUGGUUUCGUUGAGCGUUGGGGGCUGUAUUCUAGCUUGUGAGGCUGCCCUGGAUUGAAUAAAGUGAUCGGCCAAGGAACCAAAUGGCGUCUCGUGGGCGCGGUCGUGAGCAUAAUCGAGGUCGAGGACGGAGAACUAAUGAGGUGGCCAUACCGGUAGGUAGUUUGACCGAUAUCAUGACCACAAUAACGAGUGUUGUUGCUGCCAUUGGAGUUGUUGCUGCUGCGACCAUCCGAGUGAUGGAUGGGAUGGAACCACAAGCUGGAACUGGCAAUGAUGGUGAUAAUGAAUAUGAAGGUGGACAUAAUGUUCUGAAUACAGGGGUCCCAGUGGGUUAUCCGGAGCAAGUUAACACGGGUCAGGAAACGGGAGAAAGCUCAAGGAGGACUGAGGUAGCAAGGAAUCGACGGGAACCCUUCACAAAGAAAAAGGGACCUAUUACACCUAAGAGCCAAAAUUUCAAAAAGAAACGCCUUGUCGCUUCACAUUCCCAGCGCCGGAACAAUGACCGAAGGAACGAUAACCGUUCGGAUCCGAAUUUAAAAGGGCAAACUAGUGCUCAACCGGAUGACUUAAGGUGCUCAAGAUGCAAGAAGCACCAUCCAAGCAGACUGUGCAGAGCCGGAUUAGGCGUAUGUUACAAGUGCGGGAGACCAGGGCAUAUGUCUUGGAAUUGUUCAAAGAGAAUGCCGAAAUGCAACUGAAUCCGAUUUUCAGACCCAAGGUAAUUAUGAACCAGCAGUUGAAUUUUUAACUUCCUUGCAUACCAUUGAUAUGUAAUAUUCGUUCGUAACGCAUGACAAGUUUCAGUAAUCAUGAGAUCCAAGUCGAUGAAUAGUCAAAAACUAUUGGUUGUUGAAACGGAGUGACACUUAGCUAACUUAGAGGAGUGGUUAGGCUUUUGAAGGUUAAGGAUUAAGUGACAUAGUGGAAGCAGGU